AUGCUUGCGCCCCGUACUUCCAGUGCAUUUGUAUGCCUCCGAUGUGAAGCGCAAAUCGUCCGACGGCGGCUCCCUGCCUCUCCUCGUCCACCUUGUCACGCCAAAUUUUCCGCAUCUACUCGCCGCCGCGAUGAUGCUGAGGAGCCGGCAGUGCCGUCACAGGCGCAACAACCGAAGCUAAAGAUCACAAGAGAAGUGACGCCACUGAAUCGACUAAAGAAGAGAAAGGGAAAAGUCAUACGAGAAACUUCGGCAAAUUUGGGCGUGAAGCGAUUGGGCGACGAUGCCGACAUCCUGGUUCUGAGAGAAAUCGCAAAACCAACACAAGAGGAAACCACCCAAGAGCCUGAAACGAUCGAACCUUCCGAACCUACCCAAAUCCCAGACAUUGUUGCCUCGCUACAGGAGGAAGGGAAAGCUGUCACGCCGGAAGAGAUAUACGAGCAGAUCGAGACCUUGCGGCCGAAGAAUGAUGGCGGUCUCAACGAGCCGCAUUACGUCAAGCAGACUACCUUUACCAAGCUUAGGAAAACGCUUAUAAAUGGUUUUACGCAACAGCAGUUAAUAGCAUUCUAUUCGGUUGCCAAGAACAUACGGCAAGAGAAAGUGAACCAGGGAGUGAUAAACAGCAUAAAACGAAAGCAGGAACCAGGAGACCAAGAGCAUUCAGUGGAGCGCUCUGAGUGGCAGCCAGGUACUACAAGUAUUACUCAACGCUUACCUGGAGUCGAUCGUCAUGUCAAAAUCAUGCGCUAUCGUAAGAAUGUUAGCAAACAGCUGCUCGUUGACCGCAUACUGAGGGACGUUUGGAACCUCGUGCUCUUGGAAGAGAUAGAGUCGCCUGGAGAGCUUGAACUUUCCUUACAACCAUGGCAGUUGACGCUCCUCAGGGCUGGUGAAAAGGAGACGCUGCUAGAAAAGAUCCGACGGACCCGGCGAGCAAGAAUCGAUAUAUACAAAGCGCACGACGUUCUUCGUAUUACAGCAGAUAAAACUACGGCCGAGUACGCUGCCAAUGAUAUUGAAGAAGCCUUUCAACACACGGAAAUGAAGCGGAUGAACCUGACCAGUUAUUUGCGUCAGAUUGCCAAUGCGGAUGUCACUUUAGAUCCCAAAUCAAAUCUGGUCUCGUUGUUUUUUACGCAGAAAGAUUUUGACGUCGUCUCGAUGCUGACUCGUACGAGUAUUGAGGCUGUCGGCAAGACCAUGUUGACGAUCAGAGGUUUCGACAAGAACUCCAUAGAAGAAGCGAAACGAACACUGAUCCGGUUCCUGCCUUUCAAGGAGCCCGUUACACGUACCUUUGACACCCAGAAACUGGGAACUGCCGACAGUGCAGUGUUCCUAUCGCCGGUGCUUCCGGAAGACACCUCUUUGGAAUACAAGUACCGUAGCCGGGACCUAGGACGCCUUUCGAUGCCCAUCGUACGCCUCACGGUGCCCGAAUCCGUCGAUUUCCAGGCCAAGAAACCGGCGAAGACACCAAAGACGGCACUUCAUGGUCUUGUGAACCGGACUAUGGCGACUGUACUACGAACCGCCUCCGAUGUGGCACUGCCUACACAUGAAUUAAGUCACUGGGUUCCAGAACCGAGAUACAAGCUCUCCGCCGAAUUCGGUCAGGUGUUGUUUCCCUUGGAAAAUGCAGACCCUAACCAAGUAGUGAAGGCUGCUCUCGCCCAACCGUCUCAGUCACCUUUCCUGCCAACAAUUUCAGGCUUGAAUAGUCUCUUCACGUCACCCAAUCUUUCAGCUACCACGCGCUUGCAAACACCAUCUUUGCACUACGAGUUUAGACCUGAUCUCUCCCACGCGCCUGGCCAGUUAUUCCCUAGUCUCAGCAUACAGAUGCGUACGGGUCGCAGUGGCGCCAGAGCCACUCUCCACAAACUGACACUCAGUUUCCAGCAACGCAUCCACGAUGUGCUGCUCCCAGAUAAGGCAUCAGAUGUACGAUUCUAUCGCCGUGCAAGUCUGCACUUCAACGUCAAGGACCACAACGAUGAGGACGUACAGACCUGGGCCGAUGCUGUGAUAGAGAAUAUCGAGAGCGGUGGCCGCCUCACUGCGCCACCCCUUCGCAUCAAGAUCCCCAAAUGGACUAUACCCGGGUUUUCUAGCGAGGAAAAGGGAAUGUGCAAUGUCACAUACUACUUCUCCGGUAUCCAGUUUCGGCAAUCUGUGGCUGGAAACUUGUUCGGUGAAGAUAUCUCCUAUAGCACAGUGCAGUCUGGCAAGCUCGGCGCAAAGGGCGGCGCGCUCACUGCACAUUACACCGGCCAUGGCGAUACAGAACUGCGCGAUGAGAGCACCGUCAAGGCUUUCGUUGAGAGGUGUUUCAGUAUGGUAGACUUGAUCACCGAUGCAAGUACGCAAACACUGCCUGUGUCUAGGCAGCUCCGCCCGCGGUAUGAGAAUAGCGAACGCAAGACGAAGAGGAUGGAUAUGUCGGCCAGUGAGAUUCAAGCUGCGGACGAGGAGAACGUUGAACCGGCAAACGAUCUUCUUGAGCGUGUUGGACAGUACCCUGAUCAGAAGGAUGAUGUCAAGGCGGAAGAGAAUACCAAGGUUGAUGAGAAGGUGGUUGAGGAAGAGCAGCCUGUAGAUGAGGAGAAGGAGUCACAAUCUGAUGACCCACCUGCGGAAACACAAGACAAUGAUACCCGCGCUUCGUAA